GAGAGAGGAGGCGCCCAAAUACAGGACGUCCAUGCUUCAUCUAAAAUAUAUUUAUAUAUAUAUAUAUAUUUACUUGCUACAGUUUGUGUAUCAAAAUUAUACAGACGUAUUAGUAUUUGGUGCACUGGCAUAUUAUUUGGAAUAGCCCGACCGCUAACUGUUAGUUUCAGGAAAGCCUUUGUAAGUAGCAAUCUAGUUACACUAAUAGCUAGUUGGGUUUAUUUUUUUUAGCUGAGCGAGCUAGCUGCACACGUGUGAACCAAAUCAGUAGCUUACAAGCUACACAUGUUGUCAAGGUUCUUGUCAUACACGAGUCAACAUGGCAGAGGAUACAUUGAUGCUGAACCUCAGGUCUGACUCGGUUCCAUAUUUUCAGAGACCGGCAACGUCUAAGGAGAAAUGGGCUUCGAAAAAGGCACAGAAACGAAAGUCCUCAGGAAUACAAGUGGCACCCAGUAAACGAGGGUUCUAUUCUUUUGAAAAAGAUCCAAAGACCAAGGACAUACUUUCCCAUGAGGACACUGAAGAAGAGAAUGAACAGACCAAUCAGGUUACUGUCUCUAAACCAGCACCUAAGGCUGCAGCCAAAGCCUUGUCUUCUGAGAUCUCCAAACCUGCCCAGAGUAAUCAAACUCAGCCAAAAUCAAAAAGUAAACAUGUAGGGGAACACAAAGGAGAUGACAGAGCAUUCAUAAAGACUUCUUCCUUAUUUAAAAAUAACCCGGAUAUCCCAGACGUCCACAGGCCUGCUGUGACCCAGUUAAAGGAGAAGGUGUUCACCAGUGAUUCCUUUGCAGAGCAAGACCUUCACCCCCACCUGGUGGCAACGCUAACAAAGGUGCUCAACGUGACCAGUAUGACCAGUGUCCAGAAGGAGACCAUCCCUGUUCUCUUGUCCGGUCGAGACGCUGUUGUGCGUUCCCAAACUGGAUCAGGAAAAACUCUUGCCUACGGGAUACCACUUGUCCAAUCUUUACAAGCAGUGGAACCCAAAAUUAAGAGAGGGGACGGGCCUCUCGCAGUCAUUGUGGUUCCCACCAGAGAGCUGGCCCAGCAGAGCUUCCAGAUCUUCCAGAAGCUCCUGAAGCCUUUCACUUGGAUUGUUCCUGGAGUCCUGAUGGGAGGAGAAAAGAGGAAGGCAGAGAAAGCCAGGUUGCGUAAAGGGAUCAACAUUCUAAUCACUACACCAGGCCGGCUAGUGGACCACAUCAAGAACACCCUGAGCAUCGCCUUUAGCGCGGUCCGCUGGCUCAUCCUGGAUGAGGCUGACCGGAUUCUGGACCUGGGCUUUGAGAAGGAUCUUAUGGUGAUCCUCAACUCUUUGAAUUCCACCGGACCUCCCAGGCAGAAUGUCCUCCUAUCUGCUACGCUCACAGAUGGUUUGUCCCGGUUAGCAGGGAUCUGCAUGAAGGAGCCAGUCAGCAUCCAUGUGGGGGAGAAUGCAGUGUUGAGCAGCAAGUCGACCCCCAAUCCUGACACUGCCCAGGGCCAACCGGAUAGCUUUGCCGUGCCCGAGAGACUGCAGCAGCACAUGGUUGUGGUGCCAAGCAAACUCAGACUUGUUUGCCUGGCAGCCUUCCUCCUCUCCAAGUGCAAGUUUGAGAAGGAUCACAAGAUCAUCGUGUUUGUGUCGAGUUGCGAGGCGGUGGAGUUCCUUCUGACACUCUUCAACGCUGUGCUCUGUGGACCAAAGGCCAAGCAGCAGCCCUUGUUGAGCUUCUUCCGUCUCCAUGGCAACAUGAAACAGGAGGAAAGGACUGAAGUAUUUCAUGACUUCGCUGUCUGCAAAACUGGUAUUCUUCUUUGUACGGAUGUGGCGGCCCGUGGACUCGAUCUGCCCCAGGUGACGUGGAUUGUCCAGUUCAACCCUCCCUCCACUCCGGCUGAGUAUGUGCAUCGCGUGGGCCGCACGGCCCGUAUAGGAGAGAAGGGAAGCAGCCUCCUCUUCCUCACCCCCGCUGAGACCGCCUACGUCACUUCCCUGGCCAAUCACAAUAUCAGCAUUUCCGAGAUGAAGCUGGAGACAAUUUUGUCAACGCUGAUGCUGGAUGACCGCUUCACAGUCAGGGGAAAGUACGACAGCAAGAAGUCUUCUGGUGCUCUGGAGCAGGAAGUGCGGGAAAGAGCCACUGUGCUACAGACAGAGUUUGAGAACUUUGUCCAUGCCGAUGAUAACUCUGUCCAAGUAGCCAAGAGAGCCUUGCAGUCCUUCCUGCGGGCGUACACCGCCUACCCAUCCAGCAUGAAGCACAUCUUCCACAUCAAAACCCUGCACUUGGGACAUGCCGCCAAGAGCUUUGGCCUGAGGGACGCCCCGCAGGGCCUUGUUAGCAGCGGCAAUGGCUCCAAUAAGGACCGGGGUCAAACCAAGAACAAGGACAAAAGACCUCCCAUGAAGAAGUUGAGUGCCAAAGAGCGGGAGGCCAGUCUCAUGCGCUCAGAAUACGCUUGCGGGAUAGAUGGGAACUCCAAAAAGAAAAAGAGGAAGAAGAAGACUCACGCUGAGGGGGAGGAAGACAGCAUAGACUAGUAGUCAGGUGAUGAAAGGUUAUCCCUGCUGUACUGACUUCAACCAAUCUCCAGCCCAUGGAAGCUGUAGUCUGGAAACCUUUGUGACUGCUCCUCAUAGACCUAAACCGAUCACAUUCUUAAGAUGUAAGGUAGUAAAAUAUUGGGUUAGUAUUGUGAAAAUACUUUGUAAUACACCUUUUUGCUUGUGUGUAUUAACACAAUACAUAACCUAUUGUACCUAUUGUAUUUUGUCUUAAAGGGAAUGUUUUCCACAAUGUGAGUGGUAUAUUUUCAGCUGCUGCAGUGUCAAUGGCAGGAAUCAGAGGCAUAUUCAUUUGUAUGUGGACUUGAACCAAUUAACCUUUUUAAGUUUGAAAAGGUUUGUUGUUCAAUAUGUUUUAUAAAAGACCCCAAUUUCAUCUUUGACCACAACUAAAGGAGCCAUUAGCUAACCAUCAGUGGUUGAACAUAAGAUGGACCAUCAGAGAAGUUAAUUAUAUCGGAAUAUAUAAAUGCUCUGCAAAGUCACAUUUCUCAUCAACAAAGGUAUGUUAAUAAUGUCUAUGGACUCUUACCAUGAGGGGUUGGAGUGUAUUCCUUGCUAUCAACAAGGUUGUUAAAAAUCUGUUUUUCCCCAGGUAUGAUACAACAAUAAACAGAUUUCCAAGCGGAGGUUCUGAUUUUAUCUACACCAUUUUUAGGUCAACAAUGUAUAUUAAUAAAGUAUACAAAGGUUUAAUUAAAUUAACUCACACUCUGAAUGUAGAUUACAUGAAAAAAGAUGGAUAACUCAGUUUUCUUAACUGCACAAAAGCCGGUUUUUAACAACUUUGUUGUUACCCAUGAUGGUUAGUAAAGUUAAUAGGUUAUACACAUGCCUUUGUUGAAGAGAUGCUGAGGCUUUAUGGGUUUUGAUAUAAUUAACUUUUGUCAGCCUAUAUGACAUUCAGCCGCUAAAGGUAAGCUAUCAGCUCCUUCAGUUGCAAUCAAAGCUUCUCAAGAUCAUGAAAGAAUCCAGAUGUAUUUGUGCAAUGAAACCAGCUUAAAUGUUUUAGUAUGUCAGAAAUCUCAUAGCAAUAUACAUGACAUAAUGUGCUGAUAAAAGAAAAAAUAAAAUAAAAUUGGAACAAUA